AUGGCUAUUGGCAUCUGUUCAGUAUUGGGCGUUAUACUGGCGUUUUCAGGAUUGGCUGUAUUCUUGGUUUCCCUGAUAGCUUUGCUCCCUGUCAACAUUUACAAUGCAAUUCGGUCUUGUUUGGUAUUGAAACAUGCAAUUGCUAUCUCUGAUCAUGAUGCAAUGCCUGUCGUAUUCUUGUCAGGCACUAUUGUAGUUGCCCUGGUGAGUCUGGGUUUGUUCAUGGUCAUGACACAUAAGAGCAAAGGCAAAACGGAACGACACGAGUCUACUUAUGGUAGCACAGCAGACAGCGGUGCUAACAACAACAAAAACUCCAACACCAAGCCUAGUGUACUUGCAAAGCACAAGCAUCGUGUUGUCAAUAUUUACUCUAUCAGCUAUGUUGCCAUUGAUGCAAUCUGGGUGGCUGCAGGUAUCUUACUGCUCCAUUCCAUGUCAAAGAGUAAUAAUUCAAACCAAGUGGAUGAAGGACAUAUUGCUGAAUCUAUUAAAAGAGCUAUUGGAUCACAAAUAUAUAUCACUGGAGUAACUCUGAUCGUGAUUGCUUCUUCAGUGGGCGCAAUGGCUGUCUCCUCUGUAUUCUUUUACCUGGGCAAAAAUAAGUCUGGAUCAUCAAAGCCGUAUUACAAUAUUGUUUAG